UCCCUUGGGAUCACAGGAGCGACAGUCAGGCUAACCAAGCCCGCAGCACUUUUGUUUGAGGAUCUUGUGCCAAUAGCAGCGCUGUCUCCGUCCCCAACAUGACAUAAAUCGGCCGACCACAUCGCCCGUCUGCCUUCUCCAGCCCUCCUUCUGCUGCCUCCUCCGGACCCCCUGUUGCUGCCUCCUCCGGCCCUCCUUCUCCUGCCUCCUCCGGCCCUCCUGCUGCUGCCUCCUCCGGCCCUCCUUCUCCUGUCUCCUCCGGCCCUCCUGCUGCUGCCUCCUCCUGCCCUCUUUCUCCUGCCUCCUCCGGCCCUCCUGCUGCUGCCUCCUCCGGCCCUCCUUCAGCUGCCUUCAUAUUGUGCCUCAGCGCUUACAAGCAAUGGAGCUCUCGGUAAUAUCGUUGGUUACGUUUGCCAUUGGGAUUAAUGUUUGCCUCGGAUUUACAGCAAAUCGCUUUAAACGGUCAGAAGAAUGGGAUGAAGGAGUCGCAUCAGUUCUUUCAGACUCCCCUUGGAUUAGAACUUCUGGGUCCUGCAAGGGAAGAUGUUUUGAACUCAUGGAGGCCGAAGCCCCUGCCUGCCGCUGUGACAACCUGUGUAAAAGCUACAACAGCUGCUGCGAAGACUUUGAUGAACAUUGUCUAAAGAUAGGCCGUGGUUGGGAAUGCACCAAGGAUCGCUGCGGAGAGACUCGGAAUGAGGACAAUGCUUGCCACUGCUCUGAAGACUGCUUAACUAAAGGCGACUGUUGCACUAACUAUCAAGUAGUAUGCAAAGGGGGUACACAUUGGGCAGAUGAUGACUGUGAAGAAAUGAAAAAUCCAGAAUGUCCAGCGGGUUUUGUCCGCCCCCCUCUGAUUAUCUUCUCGGUCGAUGGGUUCCGUGCUUCGUAUAUGAAGAAAGGACAAAAGGUGAUGCCCAACAUAGAUAAACUAAGAACAUGUGGGACACACUCGCCUUACAUGAGACCAGUUUAUCCAACCAAAACUUUCCCAAACCUGUACACCCUGGCAACGGGACUUUACCCUGAAUCUCAUGGAAUUGUUGGCAAUUCAAUGUAUGACCCCGUUUUUGAUGCCAACUUCAGCCUACGAUCGAGAGAAAAGUUUAAUCACAGAUGGUGGGGAGGACAGCCAAUUUGGAUAACUGCCUCUAAACAGGGUGUGAAGGCAGCGACAUUCUUCUGGCCAGUGGCUAUUUCUCAAGAACGAAGAAUUUUUACUGUUUUACAGUGGUUGCACUUACCAGACAAUGAAAGACCGUAUGUUUAUGCACUUUACUCCGAACAACCAGAUCAGGCGGGACAUAAAUAUGGUCCUUUCCAACCUGAGCUGACGGAACAACUAAAGGUUAAUGAUAAGAUUGUGGGCCAGUUGAUGGAUGGCUUAAAACAAAUGAAGCUGCACCGAUGUGUCAAUGUCAUCUUUGUUGGAGACCAUGGUAUGGAGGAAGCCACCUGCGAGAGAACAGAGUUCCUGAACUCAUACCUAAGCAACGUGGAUGAUUUUGCUUUGCUGCCCGGAUCUCUUGGACGCAUGAGAUCUAGAAACACUGCAACUAAACAUGACCCUAAAGCAGUUGUUGCCAAUCUUACGUGUAAAAAACCAGAUCAGCACUUUAAGCCUUACCUGAAGCAGCACCUUCCCAAGAGACUGCACUAUGCUUUUAACAGGAGGAUAGAGGAUAUCCAUUUGUUGGUAGACCGGAAAUGGCAUGUUGCAAGGAAGCCAGUGGAUGUGUACAAGAGGCAGGGAAAAUGUGCUUUCCAGGGAGACCACGGCUAUGACAACAAGAUUAACAGUAUGCAGACUGUGUUUGUAGGACAUGGCCCUUCAUUUAAAUACAAGACAAAAGUGCCUCCUUUUGAAAAUAUCGAGCUGUAUAAUGUCAUGUGUGAUCUUCUCGGAUUAAAGCCUGCCCCCAAUAAUGGAACCCACGGAAGUCUGAACCAUCUCUUACGAGUUGCCUCUUAUAAACCUGCACUUCCUGACGAGAUUUCCAAACCGCUGCCUAUAGUAACAUCUCCUUCCACCGUGAAUGAAGAACUGGGGUGCUCUUGUGACGACAAGAAUAAAGCAGAGGAGCUGAAUAAGCGUCUUUACCUAAAAGGAACUGAUGAUGUAGCAGUAGAAGAGCUGAGCAAUGAAAUUAAGGAGUUGACUUCAAGAAACACAGGAAGGAGCUCUGGAGUUGAGGAUGAGAUGUUAGAAAGGUUAUGUGAAAGUUCAGAAGAGGGAGCCGUAACCACCUCCUCAUGUGAAAAACAGCAAGAGAAGGCCCCAGGAGCAGAUCAGCAUGAUACAUUCACAAGCAGAGCGGAUAAGAACAUCCUGUAUGGCAGACCAGCAGUGUUGUAUAAAACCAAGUACAGUGUUUUGCAUCACAGUGACUUUGAGAGUGGUUACAGCGAGUCAUUAAUGAUGCCCCUAUGGACAUCGUACACUAUAUCCAAGCAGGCUGAUGUAUCUGGUAUUCCUGAGCACUUAUCUAACUGUGUGCGACUUGACCCACGCAUCUCUGCGGGAAACAGCCAGAGCUGCUCGGCCUACAAAGCUGACAAACAGAUGUCCUACGGGUUUCUCUUCCCACCUCAAUUAAGCUCCUCUGCGGAAUCAAAAUAUGAUGCUUUCCUCAUUACGAACGUCAUUCCCAUAUACCCUGCAUUUAAAAAAAUCUGGAAUUACCUGCAGAGAGUUUUGGUGAAACGUUUUGCCACAGAAAGAAACGGAGUCAAUGUUAUUAGCGGGCCUAUCUUUGACUACGACUACGAUGGCGUAUACGAUACUAUGGACAAAAUGAAGACGUUCGUGGACGGCUCCAUUCCAGUCCCAACUCAUUACUACUGCAUUAUAACCAGCUGCAUGGAUUUUAACCAAGCGGUUGACAACUGUGACGGGCGCUUGUCAGUCGUUUCCUUUGUCAUUCCGCACCGGCCUGAUAAUGAUGAAAGCUGCAAUAGUUCAGAGGAGGAGGCCAAGUGGGUAGAAGAUCUCCUGAAGAUGCACACCGCACGCAUCCGUGACAUUGAGCUCCUUACGGGCUUGGACUUCUACCGAAAGACCAACCGCAGCUACACAGAAAUCCUUUCUCUAAAGACAUAUCUGCAUACGUACGAGAGCGAGAUUUAACGCUGGAGAAAUAAUCUUGUUGGGAUCUUCUCUCGAGUGGUGUACAUUUUUUAUAUCGGAAUUUUUUUUUUUUCGUUUUGUUUUUGUAUUUAUUAAUUUUUAAACCAGGACACUUAAAUAUAUUAGUAUUUUAAUCCUGUACCUAAUUGUCAAUGUUUAGCACAUGUUUGUUUCUCUAAUGUUAUUUAGAUGUCUGUUUUAUUUUUUAGGAACGGUUUUUACCCUGCAGCCGGCGUAGGCUUAUUCAUGGGGCUGCAGAAUUUCUACCUGCACUGGGAAGUUUGUGUUUUCUUGUGCAUCGCUGAUAUCUUUGUAGGCAUUUUAUUGUAUAAUGAAGUACUGAACAUAUAUUAACUGGAAAGUGUACGUCCAAGUGUAUUUAUGCUGUAUGGAAUAUUGCAAUGUCAUGCAUAAUAAACCACACCGAUUCAUUUUUAA